AUGCCUCCGAAAAGGGCUGUGAAAAAGAAGGUACAGACCACAGAAAAAGCUCGCCCAACAUUGGAUCAGGAGAUAAAAUUAGAUGACUCAAAUGAGCUUGAACCAUCGAUUCGAAGUGUUGUGACGAGUUUGAUGUUCACUUCGGGAGACGACGAAAAUCCACUUUCUGAAAAUGAAGAUUUCGUUGUGAAUAUACUGAAAAACGAGUUGGUUCUCUUUAUUAACGAUGUUAUAGAGGUUUAUGAUAAUAAAAUUCCAAAUGUGAAGCUACAACAUAUGCUUCAACUUCUCAACAGUCAAAAAGGAGUACUUUCUCGUUUUAUUAAAUAUCUCAAGAAUCGUGUGGAAAUGUCGGCAUUCAUGAGAGCGAAAUCAUUUUCUAAAAACGGAACUGAAAAUAUUUGUGGACAAGAAGUAGAGAAUGAAGAUGAAACGACUGAUGAAAAGAUAGAAGAGGGAGUUGAUCCAAUGGAUGAAAUUGGUGAAGUUGGUGGAGAAGAGGGAGAAUAUUUGAAAAAUAAGAGGAGAACGUACGGUACAAUUACAUCCGAGGAAAACCUGCUUCAAGAAGCUCAAAAGUCGUUUUUCGAUGCUGGAUUAGAUUUCAAUACAUUCGAAAAUGAUGUGGAUGAGAAUCACAAUCAACAAUUAAUAGUUCUUCAAACAAUUCUCGAAGAUAUGAACGCUGAUGAAUACAGUCGAUUCGCACUUGCUCGACGUGUCAGUUUCCAGAAUCAAUCAGCAGUUCCUGUGGUUUAUAGUGACACAUUUUCAAAGUCAAAUGCAAGAAAAAGAAAACGAUCGCCUCCAACAAACAAUCGUCAACUUCUGCUCCAAUGGCUUGGAAAUCCACCAGUUCACGACGAAUCCGCUCAAGUUUUUCUCGCAUUUCUCGCCAAAGAUAUUAUCUCGGAGAUCGUUGGAAAUGCCCUUCUGGAGCGACGAAAAAUGAAUCCCGCAGAAGGAGGUCCACUGAGCUACUCUUAUUACGAGGAACCUUUGCGCAGAAACAGAAAAUUCCGAAAAUACGGCAGGAUUUUGAUUUAAAUUUUAAUGGCUUUAUAAUACUAAAAGAUCUCAUUAUUUGUGUCAGUUUUUUUCAAUUUUAUAAAUAAUUGGUAAC